AUGCCAACCCCUCCAAUGACACCAUUAGCCGCGAGUGACGAGAUAAAUAAGCUGAUACAAGUGCCUACAGGAGCUAAUGGAUGGGUGAAGCUAAACCCAAACCAAACAGGUUUUUAUUUGGUCAACUAUUCUCCUGCCUUAUGGAAACGUUUAGAAGUUCCUGUGAAAGAACAGACUCUAGGCGUUCCUGACCGCAUUAGCUUAUUAAACUCAGUCUUUACAUUCGCUCGCGCUGGCAUCUUGGCCCUACCAGUUGCAUUGGACUUUACCAGUGCUUACAUUGGUGAAACAGUUUCUACAUGCUGGAAGGAAAUCUCGCGCAACAUGGGGUAUUAUUCUAGUCUUUUCCGUGAUGAAGCGUUUUAUCCUGAACUUCAGCGCUAUAUUCGCGCACUUUUUGCGCACGUGAUGGAUUGUUUGGGUUGGCAUUCCGAUGCCUCGAAGCAAAGUGAACCCGAUGAGGGUGAGUUUCGAAAGACAGUCAUUUAUCGCUUAGGACUUGCCAAUGAUCUGGAUGUCAUCAAAGAAGCGAGAAAGCGCUUUCAUGCCUAUAUUGGUGGUGAUCUCUCUGCUCUUUCAGCUGAUCUCCGUAGCUCUGUGUUUGAUAUCGAGAUAACAUUUGGUGAAGCUGGCAAUGCCAAGUUGUUGCAAGAUUUAUACAACAAAAGCGAUUUCGCAGAGGAACGGAGCGAUUGUCUUGGUGCCAUGGGCUUAGUGUCGGGUUUAUCUGCUAAGAUUCAAGUAUUGGAUUGGGCCGUAGAAAAUGUGCGAUCCCAGGAUAUUCACUAUCCGUUUAGCAGUGUGGCGAGCGACAAGCUUGGCCGACAGAUUGCUUGGCAGUAUUUACAAGACAAGUGGGACUUAUUGUCGAACAAGUACUCGGCUAUGACAUUGGGCUACAUUGUAUGUGGUGUCGUUUCUCAAUUUCAGAGUGAAGCAAUGGCUGUAGAGGUCGAGGCUUUUAUGGUGGGCAAAAAUACGUCGGGAUACAAGCGUCGCCUGGAAGUAGCGCUCGAAAGUGUGCGCCUUAAAAGUGUUGUUCGCUGCCGCGACCGUGAAUCUCUAGCCAUGUGGCUGAAGGAACGAGCUGUUUAA